GAUAUUCUAAUUAUUUCGAUGACAGGUGUCUGAGCUGGAUGGGUCAAUUUCUGUAGCAUCACUUUAGUUGAGUAACUCCGGUACUCGGUGUGUAUAGCCUAUGACUAGUACUUCUGUCCUGUGGGACUGAUGCCAUACAUUACAUGUAAAAGUUGAAAGAGAGUAAAGAGAUCCGGAAUUGACUAAUGCUGCACUGCUUGGAACUCUCAAAAUAUCUCAAACCAGGUGAACAAGAAUAUUUGAAUGCAGUGGAGGGUGAUGAGUAUGUACAUAAACAGAAAUGUCUCAGAAAUAUCCAGAUGACCCUCGAGAUUUUCUUUCUCACUUAAUGCAUGCAGAGGAGAAGUGCUCAACUCUAGAAAGUAUAGAUCCCAAUCAAAUUCGCAAUGAUCGAUUUGAGAGAAAUUUUCAAACGAUGAUGGCAGCUGAUUCAGAGAUUGCAAAGAAAAUGUUUUCUCAAGAUUUUCAUAAACCCAACAGUCAAACAGAAAAAGCCGCGAUCACAAUACAGAAGUAUAUACGAGGGUAUCUGGGGAGGAAGAAAUAUGUAGAACUGCUGUGUGACAAGUUUGAAAAAGAAGAGUUUGUGCUGCAACUUAAGGUCCAGCAGCAGGUAGAGGAAGGGGAACUACUGGUUGAGAAUCAUCGUCUUGAAGUUUUACUGGAUGAUAAUAUUACCAGACGAAGGAAUAAAUCCAGGCAUUACAUAAUGGAUGUUGUAACUAUUCAGCGGGCAUGGCGCUCAUACCUCAGAAACAAAGUCAAAGUUCAAGAGGAGGAUGACACGAAGAAAGAUAAUUCUACAGAGAAAACUGUGCAGCAUCCAGCAGAGACUGAUCAGGAAACGCCCACUACUGUAGCAGAGACUGAUCAGGAAACGCCCACUACUGUAGCAGAGACUGAUCAGGAAACGCCCACUACUGUAGCAGAGACUGAUCAGGAAAUGUCCACUACUGUAGAGGAAAGUGACUCUGUGUCCUCUUCUUACUCAGAAGUGUCUGUGACAGAGAGUAGCCUCAGAGAACUCACAGGAAACGGCAAUCCAGAAAAUAACCAAACCAUUGAGCAUUAUGCAGGUGAAAGUGUGGAGGACUUCAACAAACGGUUACGUAAGGUCAACCUUCUCAGUCUGGCUCAAGAAUUUGCUGAACUUCAGAAAGUGAACUCAGAUUUUGUUGAACCUGAAGAUAAAACUGAGGAAGUAUCAAGUGAUAACAAGGAUAUCUGUGAUAGAAAACCUGCCAAUGAAACCAAAGAGUCUAAGAAUGAAAAUCAACCAAAUACUAAUGUGGAAUCUGGGUCAGUGAAAACGGAUGAUUUUGAGGUAUACAACAUAGAAACGGCUCUACCCUCUUUAGACUGGGAUGAUCUAGAACUGAAACUACAGCAAGCAACAGAAAAUAGCAGUAAAUUGACACAAAGAAAUGACAGAGAGGCAAUUCGACAGAAGUUGGCCAUGGACAAUGGGAUGGAUGAUAGUUGCAGCAGCCAAAGAUCUUACAAGAAACCCCUUGUAACAAAGUCUGCCAACACUAAAUUACAAAUCUGUUUCAUGAAUGAGGAGCAGGAGAUGGCUGGCCCACCAUCACAACAGAAUGUGUCCAUGGGUAACUACAGUCAACAAGAAGGUCAAAGUGGCAGAACAGCUGAUGAGGAACAGGAAAAGGAUGGAGAGUUUUUGAUAAAGCAAGCCAAGUUACAGCAAGAGGCAAAAAUAGCGCUGGUGCAAGCAGGGACUAUGGCCCAUAUGCAGUUAGAGGUAGAGAAACAAAUUAAAAAGAAAUCUCCUAUUGCUAAUGUGGUGAAGAUGCCAUUUCUAGAAAACUUACAACACAGAGUAGGAAACCAGGAUCUGUGUCUGUUGAAUCUGGGGCAACUUCAGGUCUUAGUGAAUGAUCUUCACACACAAAUAGAAAAUUUAAAUGAGGAAUUAAUGAAUCUCCUAAUGGAAAGAGAUGAAUUACACAUGAGUCAGGACUCCAUGCUUGUGGACAUAGAGGACCUUACGAGGAGAGUUGAAGAGGCAGGAAAAAGACAAUAAACUCAAGAGAAUAUAUUUGGACCACAAAAACACUCUGUCCUGAGAUGAGGAAUGUUGCAGAAUACCUUCAAGUGUCCUGGUUGUGUCAGAAAGUUUUGUGGAUUCUCCUACAAGCAGUUCAUUGUUUGUGUAGCUUCUGUUCCCUGGGUAACAUCCAAGUCUCCAGAGGAUUGACUUGAAUGCUGAUAUGUAGCAUCACCAAAUUGUAGAAUUGGAUUUAUAGUUGCAAUGCAAAAUAUCUUAUCUAUAUGUGCAUGUUUUCAGUCUGCAUUUUGUUUGAAGAAAAUAUAUGAAGUAAUGCGGCAAUUCAUUAAUUUUUACUAACGGUUUCAGCUUUACAAACUGAAGAUUGCUGGUCUACAUUUCAAUAAGCUUAUCUAAAGAUAUUUUAUAGUAAGUACAUAUUUGUGAUGCAACCAGUGUUUGUCCGAUAUUUUGCUUCAUCCUUAGUUUUGUAAACAUUUCAAAUUUUUCACGAGAGGAAGUCUGAUCUCGAGUCUUAUUUUUAAGGACUGUGAGGUUAUACACUGUAGCCAAAAUCCUAAAACAAGACUUCAGGCCUCAAUAGUGAUUGAUGGUUUGUGACUCGUAUCCAGAAAGUGUGAAGAUCUUUGAAUUCUUUUUCUAUAGAUGAUAAAGCAGACAAAGUGUACAGUGAUACUUUUUUUAAUAAUCUUGAAGACUUUACCAAAAUUGUGCAACUCGUGAACCCUGGGUGACCUGGUUAGGUUUUUUUGUCUCAAGAUGAAGCUGUGUGGCUCAUCUACCAAAUAAUACAUCUUUGGAAAAGUUCUCUUCUCACAUAAAAUGAAAUAGAACAUGUGGAUGCAUAGUUAUAACAAGUAUAGUGGCCGCUACCGGAAAUGUUAAACUCUUGAGGCAGCGUAUUCAACCCCUAGGACAAUGCUACAUAACUCCUAUGGUGAAAAUGCUAAUACAUAAUUCAUUACCCUAUUUACUCCUGAACAUCUAGGGGGAAAAUGGGAGGUAUGAUUUUAGCUGGAACUUACAUUUGAUAUAAUUUAAGCAUUGUCGUGUCUUUCUGUUCCAUUUUCUUCUUUCUCUAAAUUCAUAAUGAGAAAUAACCAGAUUUUUUUUUCGUUACCCGGAACGAGGGAUAUUUGGCCAAGGUUAAAGUCACUUGAGAAUAAGUGAUUUAGUAGUUUUUGUUUGAAAUUUGAAAUGGAAAGAUAUUAUAAGCUUAUGCUUGGUAGGGGGUUAGUUAUUAAUGAAAAAAAUAAAAUAAAAUUAUUCUAUGUUAAGACCAUUUUGUGAAGGUAUCAACUAUAAAUAAAGAAAGUUUGAGAUAUUUACAUUGAUAUAAAUCCAUGUAUAGACUUGGCAUAUUUGAUUAUAACUAUGAAACUAGAAGUAUGGAGCUGGAACACAUAAUAUGAAUAUAUCUCUAAACUCGGUACACUUGAACAUAACAAUAGACUCGGCAUAUUUUAUUAUAACAAUAUAUUUGGUCACACAUUAAUAUAAGUAUAGACUUGGCACAUAUGAAUAUAAGUAUUGACUCGGCACAUAUGAAUAUAGAUAUAGACUCGGCACAUAUGAAUAUAAGUAUAGACUUUGCACAUAUGAAUAUAAAUAUAGACUCGGCACAUAUGAAUAUAAGUAUAGACUCGGCACAUAUGAAUAAAAGUAUGGACUCAGCACAUAUGAAUAUAAAUAUAGACUCAGCACAUAUGAAUAUACAGGUAACUAUAGACUCAGCACACUUGAAAUUUAACAUUCAAACUUUCAGUAUUCUUUGCCAUACUCAUUACAACUUUAGUGGUUUGGUAUAGGAAAUCGAUGUCUAUAGGAAGAUUGUGUGUCGACACAGAGUGGAUGAAGCACUAUUACUGCCGGGGUCUCGCGCUUUUCUUCUGUAGCAUAACAAUAUCGAGGGGAAAAUCCACAUUUUCUGCAGGACUCAUUUUAAUACAUACAUACAUUGUAUAUAUGAAAUUUUUAUGCAUGGUAAGCAUUUUUUGUACGUAUUUACAAAGGAGAAGGUAGGAAAAUGGCCUUGUAUGACCUCCAUUGUGAGAAGUUGGCAUGGAAAAAAUUGUAGAUUAUUUUGUACAUAUGUAAACCAUAUCCAUGUAAAUGCUUAUUUCAAGGUGAGAACUGGCAUUUAUUCUCGAUGACUUAAUUUUGUGAUUCACCAGUUAUAACAGUUGAUUUGUUGUGACUAAUUUUCGUGAUCGAGAUAAUCUUAAACAAAUACGAGAGGUUUGCAUUGAAAAUAUUCACGAUAACGAGGCUCUUGCAGUUCUUGCAAAACUUUCUUGCACAUGAAUACAAGUUGGUGCACAGUAUCAAUUUUAUCUGUUAACUUAUUCUAAAUUCACAGAAAGGUAAAAAAAAAAAUGUUUUUUCAGAAAGGUAAAAAAAAAAUUCUGAAUUUCCUUAUUUUCUGGUCAAAAAUUUACAAACUUUAUGCACAUGGAUCACUCGCUUGUCUACCUCUCAAUCUAGACUUACAUAUUUAGUACAUCAUUAUUAGAUGCAACUUUUGGUAUAGAAAUGGUAUAUAGGGAAAUCUGUACUCAGAGUUUUCCAAAGCAAAAUAUAUGUCAUUUAUUUUUGAAACCCAAAAUUUGUUGCAAUCUGUCAAAAUCCUGCAGCUUUGAUUACUUACGUACCUGAUCUGAUUACUGUAUACAGGGAAAUAGGCGCCCACGUUCUAUUUUGUCCUUGUUGUCAGUGUGCAAACUUAAAACUGGGUGAAACUGUUUUCUUAUCUCUAUUUUAAAGGCACAGGCACUUGACAUUUUAAAUAUCUAUAAUAAAAAAAAAUUGUCUUCCUGUAAACAUAAUAUUGUCAAUACAUGUAUUAUGUUUACAGGAAGACAAUUUUUUUUUUUUUUUUUAUAGAUAUUUAAAACGUCAAGUGCCUGUGUUUAAAGGGGGUAUUAACUGUCAUUUUUUUUCAUCAAAAAUUGAAUUAAAUUAAAAUUGCUCUAUGUUAUAUAUUUCAGUAAUAACACCAGUAUUUAAUUGUUUCAAACACAUUUUAACCUCAGUGCAGGCAUGUGAAUAUGUAAUUUUGGUGAUUAAUUAAUUAUUGUCUUGCAAGAUGAUAAUGCUUCUUUAUAUAUAUUUUUUUACACUAAUAGUGGUUAUCUAUCAUAGUUUUAUUAAGCUCUCUUGUUUUUGUACAAAAUAAAGGUUUUUAUUAGUCAUUAAUAUACAUUCCUAUGACAUUGAGAGAUUUUGAGAGAAAAAAUGGUUGCCAUCACUUUCACAGCUAAUGCUCCUUUGACAGAACUGUGCCGGGGUGAAUGUAAAUUGUGUUGAAACUGUAUGCAUGUGUAGAAAAGCGAAAAUAACACGGGGCAAAAAUAAACCUGUAUACAGUACAUAUAUAUUUUGCUUCUGAGGCAUUAUCUUAAAACAAGUUUUACAAGGUUUCACAGUAAGUUUGAUCUGAAAUUUAAGUGAAAAAUGGGGACCACAUGGGGCCCAUUUCCUACCUUCCUCUUUUUUUUUAAUUUAUGCUAGGUCAUGAAUAUCAAGCAGGUUUUAUAUUGCUUUAUACAAAUGAUAUAAUUGUCCAUUUAUUUGAAGCAAAUAUAAUGAUGCUGAUAUGUUGUGUGAAUUUAUGAAAUACGCCCCUUUUCAAAAAAUAAAAAUAUCUCAAAAAAUGAAAA